AUGACCACUGGUCAGUGGUCGGACACAUGCUACACGAUACGAUCAUCCGCUGAUCCUUGUUGUGACUUCGACCCGCCAAUGAACUCCGUUCAAUCGAUCAAGUCUUCAGCAUACCUCUAUAUGAAUCUCGAUAGUUGCGCUGGAAGUCUGGGCCAAAUGAAAUGCUUGACAAAAGCUGCAAUCCUACUCACCCGAUCGGGAUCUUCAGACAGCUGA